GAAACUGUCCUCGAUGUCUCCUCUGGACGAGACGCUGCCCAGAGACUGGAAGUGCUACAUGUCACCUCAGGGACGCAGAUACUACGUCAACACCAUCAGCAACGAGACAACAUGGGAGCGGCCGUCGAGCACGCCUGGCACCCCGAAAACACCAGUGAAACACAAGAACUCUGUCCCGACAGUGAAUGGAUUUCAUGGUAAUGGCAGCCCGUUGCAUCAGACUGAACCAUCGCAUGUACUGAUGCGGAAGACCAGCACAGAUCAACAGAGUCCUGGCUCGACUUCACCCAGCAGGAAUCAGGAGUGCGAAUCCACAGUAACUAUCAACUGCAUGACGUUUCCUUUUCCACUGCACAUGUCUGAACAGCAGCUGCUCAAACCAGACGAGUGGAGCUACUGCGAUUAUUUUUGGGCGGACAGAAAGGACCAGCAGGGAAGCGCCAACAUCUCAGGAUUCGAGGUUCUGCUGCAAAAACAGCUGAAGGGAAGGCAGAUGCAGAAAGAGAUGGCCGAGUUUGUGCGGGAGAGGAUCAGGAUCGAGGAGGAAUACGCCAAGAACCUGUCGAAGCUCUCGCAGAUCCCGCUGGCGGCGCAGGAGGAAGGCACGCUUGGAGAUGCUUGGGCUCAGCUGAAGAAAAGCCUGGCAGAUGAAGCAGAAGUUCAUCUCAAGUUCUCCUCCAAGCUUCAGAGUGAAGUGGAAAAGCCUCUGCUGAUAUUCCGGGAAAACUUCAAAAAGGACAUGAAGAAGUUCGACCAUCACAUGGCGGAUCUCAGGAAGCAGCUGGCCGGCCGAAACGCCGGCGUGGAGAAGGCACGGAAAGCGCUUGCAGACCGGCAGAAGGAUCUGGAGUUAAAAACCCAGCAGCUGGAGAUCAAACUGAGCAGUAAGAUCGAGGAGGACAUCAAGAAAGCACGCAGGAAAUCCACACAGGCCGGUGAUGAUCUGAUGCGAUGUGUUGAUCUCUACAAUCAGUCCCAGUCCAAGUGGUUUGAGGAGAUGGUGACCAGCAGUCUGGAGCUGGAGCGUCUGGAGGUGGAGCGUGUGGAGAUGAUCAGACAGCAUCUGUGUCAGUACACAACGCUACGACACGAGACCGACAUGUUCAACCAAAGCACCAUAGAGCCGGUGGACAAACUCCUGCGGAGCGUGGACCCCGCCAGAGACCGAGAGCUGUGGGUCAAAGAACACAAGACGGGCGAGCUGAGACCGGUGGACAUGGACAUCUGAGAGCAUCAGACUCGCCCUUGUUUCCUCGUCUGAAACGCAGCACUGGCUGAAGAGAAACUAAUAUGGGUUUGAUCUCUCAAAAACCCUUCUGAGGCCUAAACCAGGAGAAUGAUCAUGACUCAAACCGAGCAGAAGGUUGAGAGAGAACCGAGGUUACAUACCAUAACCUUCCCACGAAUCUGACUGAAAGAGCUCUCGAGGUGUGGCAGAGACUGUGUGAACAUCUGCAGGAUUUCACUCGGGAGAACUGACGUGUUUGUCAGUAUCUACUGAUGCAAUCAUGCCAUUAGGAUUCAGCAUUGAUUGAACCGAGUUCAUGUAUGUGAAAUAGUACUAAUAUAUACUGUAAAUGCUGCUGCUGCAUCAACUAUUACAACUGAUUUCAGUUCUGUGACUAAUCAAAGCUCUCGCUUGCCUUAAAGCGACAGUACACACAAAAAUGAUCAUUCUUGUCAUCAUUUACUUCACUUUCAUGUGGUUCCAAACUGGUUUCAGUUUCUUCUUUCUUCUGUUGAGCAGAAAAGAAGAUCUUUUGAAGGAUGUUGGUAACCAAACAGUU